AUAUGGUUUAAACUAUACAAUGUAAAAAUGGAAAGAAAUCUAGAUGCAGGUGCUAUGUACAGAUGCUUUAUGAAUUACUUUUGAGAAAGUUAAAUCAAUUGAGAUCAGAGACUGAGGAACAAAGAUGUUGGACAUAAAAAAAUCAAAAGUGCAACUGUUUCUAUUGAUGAUGUAUGUUCUUGGAUUUCUGGUGAUUUGCCAAUUAAACUUAUUUCAAAAUGAGUCAUCCAAGAAAGUUGGAUAUAAAAUAAAAACUUUUUCAAAGAAGAAACAUGUGUUGAGAACUGAACUAAAAUCUCAUAAGGAAUACAUAGAAAUUUUAAAAUCUGAUGUUAAUAGCAAGAAAGGAUUUUUAGUUAAAACACCAGGCUGUUCGAUCCCAGAUAUCGAUCCUUGGGAUCACACAAUUCAACAAUUCAUUGAUAAAAAUGAGAAAAUAGAUUGUGAUACAAAUCCUAGUAUUACCUAUACAAGUGAGAAUACUUUGAAAAUUAAUCUUGAUAUAGUUCAGAAUCAUUAUCCCAACUUUAGCCAUUGUAGCUACUAUGGUAUAUACAGAACUGAUAAUGAUAAUGCAUAUACUAUGGAUGUGCAGCAAACAGACUUCACACAAGAUGUAAACCUCACAACCGAAUUUAUCAAAGUUGAAUGUUAUGACCACAAUAAGACUACAAUUUACAAAAAUUUUCAUGCAGUUGUUUUUGAGAAGCAGCAGGUUGAAGAUGAGUGUAAGAGAAAAACAAUUGAUAAAAAUGAAAAAUUGAACAUAAUUUUAUUAGGGGUUGAUGCAGUCUCAAGAUUAAACUUCAUGCGUCUGAUGCCAAAAACCAAAAGAUUUAUUGAGGAGGAGCUUAAUGGAUUUGAACUUACAGGAUACAAUAAGGUGGGAGACAACACAUUUCCUAAUCUUGUGGCUUUACUAUCUGGCAAGUUUCCUGCAGACCUACCAUGGAAUAGUUCAACUGAUCAGGACAAACCAUUUGAUAAAUAUGAAUUCAUUUGGAAAGAAGCUGCCAAAAAGGGAUAUAGAACAUUAUUCAAUGAAGAUGCCCCCAUGAUGACAAUAUUUAAUUAUCUCAGAGGGGGAUUUAAGAAGCAGCCAGCCGAUUACUAUCCUCGGGCAUUUCAUAUUGCUUUAGAAGGAGAAGAGUCUGUUUGGCAAAAAACUCACUGUGUUGGUGAUCGUCAUGAAUCUGAAAUGAUGCUCAAUUACUUAUUUGAUUACAUAGAUGCUUUUAAAGAUCGCCCUCACUUCGCAUUUACAUACAACUCCCGACUGACACAUGAUGACAUCAAUUUAGCAGGAGUAGCAGAUAAUAUUUACCUAAAAUUCCUCAAAAGAAUAAAGCACAGUGGGAAUCUCAACAACUCUGUUAUGCUGUUCUUCAGUGAUCAUGGUAUACGCUGUGGAGAUAUUAGGCAAACUAACAUUGGGAAACUGGAAGAAAGACUUCCUUUUAUGUAUUGGAAUUUCCCAAAAUGGUUUUCAACAAAGCAUCCUAAACUUGUUCAUAAUCUAAGAAUAAAUAAACAUCGACUGACAACUCCGUUUGAUGUGCAUGAAACGCUUCAAAACAUUUUAAUUGAUGGCCCCUCAGAAUCAUAUACUUCUGACCCGAACAAAAAAGGAAUGAGUUUAUUCAAGGUUAUACCUGAAACUAGAACAUGUAAAGAUGCGGGAAUCUUACCUCAUUGGUGUACAUGUCAAAACACGAAACCUAUCAGUACAACGGACACCACAGUGAAACAGGUUGCUAAUUUCACAAUUAGCUCCAUAAAUAAAGAUUUAUCUCAUCUUCGAAAUUCCAAUUUAUGUGCAGUUCUUUCAUUGGACAAAAUAACCAAAGCUGAAAUGUUUGUCUCAACAAAAGAUAUUCUUAAGUAUGAUUGGGCUGAUGGUUUUGAUUCUGAUAUCAUAGUGACAGGGAAACCUAGUAUUCCAAUUAAAUAUUAUCAAAUAGAGUUCACAGCAUUUCCAGGAAGUGGGGUAUUUGAGGCAACUGUCCGUUAUAGUAAAGUUGACAAUAUCUUUGAUAUUUCAGGAUCGAUCAGUCGACUUAAUCGCUAUGGUAACCAGAGUGCUUGCAUCAAAGAUGCAGAAUUGAGAAAGUAUUGUUACUGCAAAGAUAUUGACCAAAUCAAGAGAUAGUUAGACAUGUCAUGAAAAUAUAAUCAGUUGGGUAGCGUUGGUAUUUUAUGAGUGUACGCCAGAGCAAAACUCUGAGGGGAUUUGGGGGUUCUUCCUCCAGAAAAUUUGAAAAUGAGAUAGCACUUGAAGCCUUCUUGGAUGUUUUCAAAUAUAAAAUUUUGACUAAUAUGGACUAAUAAAGUUGGCCAUAUUUCAGAAUAUCCAGUAUUUUUAAAGUGUUCUAUAUAAAAAUCAACUUUUCUCUAAAUUUGAGAGUAAGCCAUGGCUUUUAUGCCUAUAUGACGCUAUGGCAUUGAUAAUGUUUAUCACACUAUGUUUUUUUGCUAAUGGGUUUUUGGUUCACCAAAGAGCCUAGGGGUUAUAUAUAAUGUUUAUUCUGAUGAGAGGGCUAAUAAAAAAAAUUAGAAAAAAAUGU